UCACUUUAUUGCCAUCCAAACAGUCCGCCUCCCCCACACUCAUGAACUACCGCUUUCAGAAUCUCCUGGGCGCCCCCUACAGAGGCGGCAAUGCUGUCAUAAGCCAGAACACACAGCUAAUUUCACCGGUCGGUAACCGAGUGUCAGUCACAGACCUUAUAAAGUCCCAAACCGUGACUCUCCCCGUCCAAUCAUCGUCCAACGUCUGUCGCCUUGCCGUGUCACCGGACGGCACGUUUCUCUUGACAGUUGAUGAGAACCAGCGGUGUCUCUUUAUUAACCUCCACCGCCACGUGGUCCUCCACCGUGUCAAAUUUAAGUAUCCUGUCAAUGCAAUUCAGUUUAGUCCUAAUGGAAAAUAUAUCGCCGUUGGCACAGGUAAAUUAGUUCAGAUAUGGAGAUCACCAGGGUUUAAAAAGGAAGUCUUUGCCUUUGAGUUAAUAAGGACUUUAGCUGAUUGCAAUGAUAAAGUUACUGCAUUGAAUUGGAGUCCUGAUUCUAAGUAUUUGCUUGUUGGGUCGAAAGAUUUGGCUGCAAGAUUGUUCUAUGUAAAAGAAAAAUUAAAAGGUGUUCAUAGCAAUAAGCCUUUUUUACUUUUAGGUCACAGGGACUCAGUUGUGGGUUGUUUUUUCGGUGUUGAUAAAAAGAGUGGUAGGGUAAGCAGAAUUUUUACAAUUGCUCGUGAUUGUUAUAUAUUUAGUUGGGGUUAUAGUGGCAAUGAUGGUAAAAUUGAUGAAAUUAGUGAGGAAGGUUCGGAACCUCCAUCACCAGGUACUCCAGGGAAAGAAAGUGAUGGAAAGAAGAGGAAGGAUUUUGAUGGAAAAGAUGGUGAUCUAUGUGAAGAGGAGUAUUUGCAUAAGCAGAAAUGGGAGUUAUUGAGAAAGGAUGAUUUUCCUCAGGCACCUGCUAAGCUAACAGCAUGUGAUUAUCAUAAGGGGCUUGAUAUGCUGGUUGUGGGGUUCUCAAAUGGUGUGUUUGGUUUAUAUCAGAUGCCUGAUUUUGUGUGUAUUCAUUUGUUAUCGAUUUCAAGAGAGAAGAUCACUACAGCUGUUUUUAAUGAGCUGGGGAACUGGUUGACGUUUGGGUGUGCAAAGCUAGGGCAGUUGCUUGUCUGGGAGUGGCGAUCAGAGAGUUAUAUAUUGAAGCAGCAGGGGCAUUAUUUUGAUGUUAACUGUCUUGCAUACUCACCAGACUCACAACUAUUGGCCACUGGUGCAGAUGAUAACAAAGUCAAGGUUUGGACCGUUUCAUCAGGCUUUUGCUUUGUGACAUUCACUGAGCACACUAAUGCUGUCACUGCUCUCCAUUUUAUGGCCAAUAACCACUGCCUUCUAAGUGCAUCUCUGGAUGGUACGGUUCGUGCAUGGGAUUUGUUUCGCUAUAGAAAUUUUAGGACUUUUACUACCCCUUCUUCCAGGCAGUUUGUUUCUUUGGCAGCAGAUCAAAGCGGCGAAGUUAUUUGUGCUGGAACUCUAGAUUCAUUUGAGAUAUUUGUUUGGUCAAUGAAAACAGGCCGUUUGUUGGAUAUUCUAAGUGGUCAUGAAGGUCCUGUCCAUGGCUUGGCAUUUUCUCCUACAAAUGCUGUUUUAGCUUCAUCAUCAUGGGACAAAACUGUUCGCUUGUGGGAUGUUUUUGAAGGAAAAGGUUCUGUGGAAUCCUUCCCUCACACACAUGAUGUUCUUACAGUGGUUUAUCGCCCAGAUGGAAGGCAAUUAGCUUGCAGCACAUUGGAUGGGCUGAUUCAUUUCUGGGAUCCAAUUAAUGGUGAGUUAAUGUACACCAUUGAGGGGCGUAGGGAUAUUGCUGGAGGGCGUCUCAUGACUGAUCGUAGAUCAGCAGCUAAUUCAAGUUCAGGAAAGUACUUCACAACAUUAUGUUAUUCUGCUGAUGGAAGCUAUAUAUUAGCUGGGGGAAGUAGCAAAUACAUUUGUAUGUAUGAUGUAGCUGAUCAGGUUCUGCUGCGUCGAUUUCAAAUAACGCAUAAUCUCUCUCUAGAUGGGGUUCUUGACUUCUUAAACUCUAAGAAUAUGACAGAAUCAGGUCCAGUGGAUUUGAUUGAUGAUGAUAACAGUGACACAGAAGAAGGGGUUGAUAAACAAACACGAGGGAAGUUAGAUUACGAUUUACCAGGAGCCAUGCCUAAUCGUGGAAGGCCCAUCAUUCGAACUAAAUGCUUGAGACUUGCACCCACUGGUCGGAGCUUUGCAGCAGCAACAACAGAAGGGGUUCUAGUUUAUUCAAUUGAUGAAUCUUUUAUCUUUGAUCCCACUGAUCUUGACAUAGAUGUCACACCACAGGCAGUUGAUGCAGCAUUAAAUGAAGAUCAACCAAACAGAGCUUUAAUUCUCAGCCUUCGUUUAAACGAGGAUAGUCUAAUAAAAAAAUGCAUUUUUGCUGUCAGUCCAGUUGAUAUACCUGCUGUUGCCUCUUCUAUUCCUCACAAAUACAUGCAAAGGUUAAUUGAGGCACUUUCAGAUCUUCUAGAAAGUUGCCCACAUUUGGAGUUUAUACUCCGCUGGUCUCAGGAGCUUUGCAAAACUCAUGGUAACUCCAUUCAACAGAAUUCCAGGAACUUGCUUCCUUCCUUAAAAUCCUUGCAGAAGGCAAUUACCAGAAUACAUCAGGAUUUAGCAGAUACUUGUUCUUCCAAUGAAUAUAUGCUUCGAUAUUUAUGCUCUGUGGGUGCUAAGAAGUGAUGAUUGCUGUACUUUUUCCGGUUGUGACUUGGCACUUAUGUGAAAUUGGCUAGGGAAUUCGGCCGUUUUGUUGUAAUGCAGGCCAUGGUUAGCAUUUGAGCUAACUAAAAUCACGCGAGGUAUAAUUCUCAUGUGGCAACAGGCAAGCUGUAAAGAAUUCCUCAACACCAUCGACAAAUAAUGCAGUAUCCCUUGGAUCAAAUGCUGCUGUUUAUAACAAAAUAUAUGCAGCAUCAGACCAGCUGCUUUUUUAUUUUCUUUUGUCGUUGGCAAUUCAUCAUGGAUGUGUUGUUAUACGGUUUUGCUCAUGAAUCGACAGUGAAACAAUUUUGUUGUGAAAACAUCAGUCUUAUAGAUAGGUAUUGCUCAAUAUGCUUUUUCUUUUUUUUUAUUUUGUAGUUUUUGUUCUGUUGUGAAAAAACGGUGUAAGGGCAUUUUUUAAUAUUACAGCUAAAUUUUUUCA